CUUCCACCUAUGACCGGGGUGCGCAGGUGACUCGCGGGCCUCCAAAGCUGCUACAAAGGCUAUCCUACUGUCUCGCCUCUGCGCCCACACAAAAAAAUGGUUAUCUUUUUAUCAAUUUCAGCUCUCAUUUUCUUCUUCUUCCUCUUCCCAAUUUCCAAGCGCCUAUUCCAAAAGCGCAAGAACCUUCCACCAUCACCACCUUCCCUCCCCAUCCUCGGCCAUCUCCAUCUCCUCAAAAAACCUCUCCACCACUAUCUCACCACUCUCUCCAACCGCUACGGCCCCAUCCUAUCACUCCGUUUCGGCUCCCGCCCUGUCGUCAUCAUCUCCUCCUUGUCUUCGGCCCAGGACUGCUUCUCCAAGAACGACAUCAUCUUCGCCAACCGUCCCCGCCUCCUCGCCGGCAAGCACUUCGGCUCCCAGUACUCUUCCCUCUCGUGGGCCUCGUACGGUUCCCACUGGCGCAACAUCCGCCGCAUCGCCACCGUCGAGAUACUCUCAUCCAACCGCAUCCAGAUGUUCUCCGCCGUCCGAAUCCAGGAGGUCCAAUCCCUGAUGAAAGACCUGUUCCGAGAUUCGGAAUCGGGGAAAACAGUGGUGGAAUUGAGGUCAAGGUUCUCGGAACUGACUUUCAAUGUGAUGAUGGGGAUGAUCGCUGGGAGACGAUAUUAUGGAGAGAAUGUGGUGGAUUUGGAAGAAGCGAGGCGGUUUCGGGAGAUUAUUAGUGAGGGGUCGAUGUUGAUCGGAACACUGAGUUUCGGGGAUUUCGUGCCGGUUUUGGGUUGGUUGGAUUUUGGAGGGGUGGAGAAGAGGAUGGUGAGAUUGGUGAGGCGGAGGGAUGAAUUCUUGCAGGCUCUGAUCGACGAGCAUCGAAGGAGGAAGAAGAAGGUUGAUUCCUCUCUCUCAAUGGAAGUAGAAGUUGAAGUGGAGAAGAAGAAGAAGACGUUCAUAGAUGUUCUGCUGUCAUUGCAAGAAACAGAGCCUGAGUACUACACUGAUCAGAUCAUCAAAGGAAUGCUAUCGACGCUACUAGCCGCUGGAACGGACACGUCAGCUCUGACCACGGAAUGGGCCAUGUCGCUACUACUGAACCAUCCAGAUGUGCUGGAGAAAGCUAAAGCUGAGCUGGACAUUCAUGUAGGACCUCGUUUGAUAGACGAAUCGGAUCUCUCCAAGCUUCCUUACCUCCAUUGCAUCAUCAACGAGACUCUACGAUUGUAUCCUGUGACCCCACUUCUACUUCCUCAUGAGUCAUCUGAAGAGUCCAUUGUUGGAGGUUUCAACGUGGCACGUGGCACGAUGUUACUGGUCAACGCGUGGGCUAUUCACAGAGAUCCCAAGCUAUGGGUGGACCCCACCGAUUUCAAGCCAGAGCGGUUUCAAGGACCAGAAGGAGCAAAAGAAGGCUUGAAGUUGAUCCCGUUUGGUCACGGAAGGCGGGCAUGUCCGGGUGCGGGACUGGCUGUGCGGAUGGUGGGCUUGGCAUUGGGGACCUUGAUCCAAUGCUUUAAGUGGGAACGAGUUGGAGAGGAGAAGGUGGACAUGACUGAAGGGGUGGGGCUCACCAUGCCCAAGGUCCAGCCUUUGAAGGCAAUAUAUAAACCACGCCAUACCAUGCUCAAUGUACUUUCUCAGCUCUGAAUACCAUAUAUGGCUUUGGGUACGUUUAGCACACGUUAUAGCAUAAUUUGGAUAGCAUAGCUUGGAUAUAGUCAUUUUAUGAAGAUUUGCAGUUGUAAUGACAAUGGAUAUCUUGCGUUUGGCACCAAUGAUACUAAUAAGCACAA